UCAUGAAGACUGUGACGUGCUCCCGCUGGCUGCUGCUCCUCUUCGGUGUAAAAGUUGGCCGAUGUGGAGGUCGGAGGAUUGAUGGCGUUGCAGGUCAGAGUGUCACUCUGCCAUGUAAAUAUGACCUCAAGACACAGGGGUCAUCUGCAGUAUGCUGGGGGAGAGGAGCAAUACCAACCUAUGGCUGCAGCGACCAGAUAAUUGCCACUGAUGGAACUAAAGUGAGAGAGGAAACUAGAAGGUCCAACAGGUACCAGCUGCUGGGAAAACUGGACCAUGGUGACGUUUCCCUGACAAUACUGAACGCUACAGAGAGAGACAGCGGACAAUAUGGAUGCAGGGUGCAGGUGUCUGGAUGGUUCAAUGAUGAGAAAUAUCACAUCGAGUUGACCAUCACAAAAGCUCCUGCGACGAUUUCACCAUCAGACAGUGUGACAUCUACGCAGCACACACCGUCCAAUCACAUAGAAGCAGAUCAUGUGACCUCCACAGACAAUUGGCUCACAUCCUGUCCACAUGCUGUCCAGGCUGAUGAGGAGGAGAGCAGCAGUGGUCUCACUGUGGUUUUGGUGUGUGUUGUGCUGGUGCUAGUCGCUCUGAUCACUGUGGUCAGCCUUAUCAUCAUUGGAAGGAGGUGGAAGAAACUCAACAAAAUGCUCCAAAUGCCUCAGCAGUCUGCUUCGACGAUGCGUUUCAGCUCCUCGUCAUCCAGUCUGAGGCUGCACAGCAGGGCUUCAGCGGUGGAGAACAUCUACCAACUGGAGGGAAUCAAUGACUACGAGGACUGUCCCUGAGACUGAGCUGCAGGACAGCCCCCACGCAGCCCAAGCUCCCACAACACGCACAUCCUGGAGCUGUUUAGGUGUUGAUGUGAGUGUGGGACGCUGCAAUCGACUGAACCGCGUCUUAAAUAAACCUGAGAGCUGAAACAAUAUUUAUCAAACCACUAAAGGUUUGGUCUUCAAGGACCAGACCAGUGUGUGUUUCAAUCCACCUGUUUUUAUUUGCAUUUUCAAUUUGCAUAUUAAAAACCCGAAUGGACACACUGAAAAUUUGAAAAAAUCCCCAAAUAUUGCCAAAAACGUUUUUACAACUGGGGGAGGUAGAAAAGUUGGUGUAUCGAUAAAAGGAAGAUGCGAAUAAGUGCUGUGGAAACACGUUUAGCGAAUAAACGGUGAUGUUUGUGAUCACGUGACUUCCACUGCACUGUACAGACAAAAAUGGCGGCAGAUAACAGCACCCAGUAUGUUUGGACUGAAGAAGACACUUUAACUUUUCCUAAACUAAUUCAAGAAAACAAUACUAAUGCUCAUCAGUACUCUUGUAAGAGCGCAUAGUUGCAGUACAAUAAAACUCUAUUUCUAUUCCCUCUUUCUCUACAAUCUAUGGUAAUAUCUACAAAAUGUUUCUGCUAAUUUUAUCCCAAAUCAAGCAGUGGUAUUUUAGAACUGCCAUAUCAUUUUUCCUCCCUUUUCUCCAGUCAUUGUGUAGCAACCCUUGGCAUCAAUAAGGAGGCGUAGAGCUCAACUGGUACAAAUUUUAUUUCCUCAUGAGCACCGUGAAACUAAAAAACACAUAGGAAAAUAUUAAUAAUUUCACAUAUUAAAAAAGGUCUUAAUAUAUAAUUUCAUUUCAACAGUUUACAUUUUAAAAAACACACUUUACUAUCAUGAUCAACAAUAACAGUCAAAUAUAGCACAAUUAAACUACACUUAGUGCAUACAAUUAUAUCA